AUAUCAGACGUCACGCAARUUACUCUUUGCAAUAUUCUACUUCCCCCGUAUUUUCAUAAGAAAUAUUCGAAAUCAGGAGGGGCUGAUACAGAAAAUCAAUGAAUUGACUGAUCACGUGAUGUAUGCUACAGCUAUGGCCGGUCGACUUCAAGAACAGUAUGUCGCUCGUGAGUAAAAGUUGUAUAUCAAAAUGUCCCAGUAUUGGAAAGGCUCGUACGAUUUUACUAGUGCCUCGGACGAUAAUGAACUAGAUUCUUCAGAUGAYAGUGAUUCAGAUGGAGCCAUUGAAGCUCCGAAGCUUUAUCAUCGAAGAAAGUCAACCGCUGCUGCAGUCCGUGCGAGACAUUGUCUUAAAGAAGGACAUUUAUUAAAGCAGUCAGGCUCUUUUCAGCGAUGGAAGAAGCGAUAUUUCAAGCUGAGAGAGGGAAAGAAAUUAUUCUAUGCCAAAAAUAAUAACCAAAAUACUAUUUUUAAUGAAAUUGACCUUCAAGACUUCAGCAUUGCUGAGAGCAGCAUAAGAAAUGUCAAUAACAGUUUUACUUUAAUCACUCCRUAUCGAAGCUUAGUGCUGUCAGCGGAAACUAGAAGAGAAAUGGAGGAAUGGUUUGGUUGUCUUAGGGCACUUUGUUCWCAGAGAACAUCACAAUCAGAUAUACUAGAUCAACUAUCAGGAACGCAUAAUUGGUAUUCCUGUACKCAUACACGGCCAACAUUCUGCAAUGUAUGUAAAGAUAUCCUCUCUGGUGUCACAUCAAAAGGAUUAUCAUGUGAAGUUUGUAGAUUUAAAGUUCACAGAAGGUGUGCAGCUAAAGCUCCUAAUAAUUGCAAAUGGACAACAAUACAGUCACUUCGACGGGAAGCAUUAGAAUUUGAUGAAACUGACCCUUCAUCAAUGCCCCAUCAGUGGUUAGAAGGAAAUUUGGUCCCAGGAUCACGAUGUAAUGUUUGUGAGCGACAGUGUGGAAGCAAAAGACGUUUACAAGAUUUUAGAUGCUUGUGGUGUAACGCUACUGUUCAUACAACUUGCAAGCCGUCAUUAUCAAGAAAGUGUACUUUUGGUGAAAAUUGUCUAUCAAUUCUGUCUCCUCUUUGCCUGGAAGGACCAAUGGGACCUGGCAGACUGGAGAAAUUCAAACAUUCAGGCUUGAGUCCUUUACUGGUUUUUGUUAACUCCAAGAGCGGAGACAAUCAGGGAGUAAAGUUUAUUAGAAAGUUCAAACAGCUWUUAAAUCCAAUCCAAGUUUUUGAUCUUGGAGUUGGUGGACCKCARCAGGGGAUUCAAAUAUUUAAACAAUUCAACCGAUUUCGUAUUCUUGUUUGUGGUGGUGAUGGUUCAAUUGGCUGGGUGAUGAAAGAAGUUGACAAUACUAAUCUUACAAAUAAGGUUCAGAUAGGUGUUCUUCCUCUGGGGACAGGAAAUGAUUUAUCAAGAGUUCUUGGUUGGGGAACUUCGUUUGCUGAUGAUAAUUCCCUUCCACAGUUCUUACAACAUCUAGAAAGAGCCAAAGCUCUGAUGCUUGACAGGUGGAGUAUUAUGACACAGGAAUGUAACCCAACUCUACCACCAUCGAGAUCUUCCUCAACAGAAACCUUAGAUGCUCCUUUACCAUAUCAACCAGAGUUUGACAGAAUAGACAUCUUUCAAAACAAUGUUGCCACCCACCUGACACGUAUCCUAUACUCUAGCCAGCACCAAACAGUGAUCUCCUCAGCAAAAGUUUUGUGUGAAAUCGUGAGAGACUUUGUGUCCAAUGUUGGUGCUGUCUCAGCUACUUCUGAUCCAGAGGAGGCUAACGACCCAGGCUCACUUUCACAAAAGUGUGAAGUGUUAAACGACAAGCUGAACCUUCUCUUAAAGACUCUAAGUAUUGAAUCAGAAGCCGCRUCGACGCCGCCUAAAGAGUUGCUCCCCCCUGACUCACCGCCAGAGAAUAAUCAAAUGAAUAGYAAUGGAAAGAAUCAGAAAGUGUUUGUACCUAAAGAUGCCUUAAUGUCACGUGCCAACAGCCUUAAGAAGGCUAUUAAGCAGAUCAUAGAGCACACUGAGACAGAAGUGGACAAACAGAAUGCUCAGACAUGUGACUCUACUUCAUCACUAGCCGAAGCCAUGGUAACAGCAGCGGGGGAUGUUGUAACCAUGUCAACCAAUGACAAUAUGCUGGAAUCGGUGCCUGAAAACGCUGUACAUGGCCUAUUAGAGGAAGAAGAACCCGCUACAGACAACGAAGGGAAYCCCAUCGAGCCGUCUAGCACGACCAGCGUAAACCUUCAAGCAGUAUCCAACAUACUGUCAGCGACCCUUCCYAAGUCAAGUGAUGCACGAUUCUUAAGUCGCGGCAGCUCGUAUCCCUAUCAGUACGAACCAUCUCUUGAAGACCUGCUCACAAAGCAAAGCAGUAAACCCACYGUACAAUUCAAUACUUGUAUUAUAUCCAAAGCGUUUCUWAAGGAUAGACCAAAAGAGAGUGUAGUUGGCAUGAUGAUUGGRAAGGCUUURUUGUUGAAUGCUGAUGCWCUGUGUGCUCCGGCAACACCCAUGAUGAACACUAUAUCGGAUGUUGACGGGUACAGCGAAAGGUGUAUGAUGAAUAACUACUUUGGUAUCGGUUUGGACGCCAAAAUCAGUCUUGAAUUUCAUAAUCGACGAGAAGAACACCCUGAAAAAUAUAGAAGUCGAAAAAAGAACAUGAUUUGGUAUGGAUUUCUCGGUGGCAAGGAGUUCGUCCAAAGGACUUACAAGAACUUAGACCAGCGUGUCAAACUUGAGUGUGACGGUCACCGAAUUUCGCUACCGAGUUUGCAAGGCAUCGUGGUACUAAACAUAACGAGUUAUAUGGGAGGUGCUAACUUCUGGGGAGGUGCACGAGACGAUGGUUUUACUCARCCGUCAUUCGACGAUUCUAUGCUAGAAGUCAUUGCUGUCUUAGGCGCUCAACAAAUGGGCAUGUCUAAAGUGUUUGGAGGGAUGCAGCACCAUCGUAUAGCACAGUGUCGCGUUGUGAAAAUCACAAUAACGGGAGAACCCAUUCCAGUCCAGGUGGACGGUGAAGCGUGGAUGCAAAAUCCUGGUUACAUCAAGAUUGUACAUAAGAACAGAGCACAAAUGUUGGUUAGAGAUCGGGAUUUUGAAAAUACUYUAAAGCUAUGGACAGAUCUCCAGCAAGAGAAAAACGCUCUUACAAGUGACUUUGAGAGUGAAACACUAAAAUCGUUAGCAAUAGCCAUUCUUCCUCUAGUUCACAGUAUUGAAAUAGCAAGCGAGAAGAACCCAGCUGUCGAAAAAGAUCUAGCGGACUGGGCCAAAAGUAUCGAAAGUCUUCUGCCGGACACUAAAUCACAGGAGAAUAUCAAUCGAACCCGUGCAAUGGAUUUCCUAUCUAAUGCAAAAGCCUUCACUCAAGAGGUUUUAUGGUUUUUAAGCGAGAAGCAACAAUCCAUGGAACCACCGUUGAGCGAGGACUGCUUAAUGUCCAUCACCACCGCCUUGAACAAUUUGGAAUCAGAAUUGAUGAGGGCUGUCGAUGUGUGUGGUUUAGCGGACUUUGAGGACGAGAAUAUCGAUGAAUUGACUCGUCUGCAGUAUUAUUUGGACAACACAUCAGAUAUUUAAGGUUGCUUUAAGCCAUUUGUUAACAAUGGUAGCUACACACUUCAAGUUGCCAGCCGUUCUUAAUUUGUUCAAGAUAACAAGACCACGAAUAUUAACUCAACGUUGCUUGGGCGUAGACGGUGACCCUGAUUUCUUGGGAACACGAAUCACCGUUUUGUAAAUAAAUGGUUCUUAACAUUCGAGAAGGCACUCAAAUAAGYAUGGAAAGACAUUUUUAGACGUGGAUUAAUCACACUUUGAGAGUUUUCCGGAGCAAAWAGGCUGGACCUGUUUGCACAAGACAAUUUUGAUACAACAAUCAUGAACACUCUUAAGGACUUUUUCUAGCAAUAUACAGAACUUGAGAAUAAUUCCCUUAAAGAUUAUGAUCAAAACUAGAGAAAAUAUUAUAURAUAUGGUGCUCUUGUACAUACCGUAGGCACUAUUUAACUUGGGGUUCGUUUUACGUGAUCCGUUUGCGAUUUCUUCUCGUGAUUGUUCGUGGUCUGUUCGUGAUGUAUUCGUGAUAUGUUCGUCCGUYCGUUCGUUCGUAUAUUACAUGAUAUUGGUACCGGUAUUUAAAACUUCUUUAUUUGAAAAAAGAAACCAUUUCAAAAUGUGAAAAUAAGGAAAAGACAUCUUGCAUUCUCUUGUUGAAUGAUUUAGGUUUAUGUUUCAAUAUAUAYAACCAGAUAAAUAGUGAUUAUUAUUUGAAUAACCGAGUUACAUGAAGUAUCGCACAUUAUGUUAACAUCUCGGUACUCACCUUAGAUUAUUACAUAUAUUAAUGUGCUGUUAUUGGGUGGCUGAGCUCUUUCUGACUAACCAUCACCAGUUGCUUUGCCUUCUUGUACAUAUCAAUGAGAAUCGGUCUCGUUUUUUAUUUAAGUCUUAAAGGUCACAGUGCUGGUACUGYCCAUGUGCGAUGCUAAUUAUUGUAACUGUCAAUAUACUGUUUAUAAAUUCCAGAGAAAAAACAUAAUUAAAUCAUGAUAUGCAAUUUGAACUCUCAAGUGAAUCGAGAGAAUAUAAUGAUUAAUAAAAAUGAUUUAAAAAACAAAUAAAUUUAUAUCUGGACAAUUACAA